AUGCUAAUUAAGCGAGCAAAUCGCUUUCAGCGAUUUGAGAGACUCGUCUCGUCGAAAGGGCAUACUCAGCAGCGGACAAAUGACUUGCGCGUAUCCCAAUUGGGUAAAAAGGUUGCAAAAUGGGAAAUGAAUACUAAAAAUACGUGCAAUAUGGUACUUCACAAAUCAGUCGCAGGACUUCAAAGGACGGAUACUACUCACUAUACUGGAUUAUUGAACUUAUAA